AUGGCUUCCUCACCUCGCCGCCGACAUGUUCGAAGACGCAAAUCAUGGGACAUCGGCAACAGCACAAUCAACAUUCGAGUUGGCAGCCGACGCAGCCCACGACACUUUCACGAAAUCUCCGUAGCGAGCCCUCGAGAUGCGCCACGCUUCGCCAGACUGGUCAAUGAUCAAGUACGAGCCUUUCCGCAAGAUCCAAUCAUCAUCUCCAUCAAUGGCUACCAAUCCUGGCUAGAAGAGAUCUUGAGUGCCUGCAUCGAGGACUACUGGUCGGAUAUCUCGGAUCUAGGCCGCGAAGUCCAGUAUGCGAAUACCAUGCAAUUUCCGCAGAAAGCAAGCAAGCGUGGCCAAGACGUACCGUGGACUUUCAUCCUUGACCACUUGAAUGUGCCGCAAGUCUAUUACUGGUCUGUGGACAUGGAGCCACCAUAUUGGGACGAUGAAGGUUUGCCGGUAAUAGAGCACUAUCGCUUCCGCGUGGGUGCAUGGGAAUGUGGCCGUGGGGCUUGUCGAUUUGACCGAGAAGUGCCUGUCGCCAUCAUCUUCACCCGGCCUGAUGCCGUUUCCGAGCAUGUUGUGACCGAAUUGAUGUUCGACUAUUUUUACAAGGACGGCGAUUUCUCGCAGCCGCGCGAGGACGAAGAAGGCAUAUGCUGGCUGUUCUCUCGAUUGUACUGGCUCUUAACUGAUUGGCAGAACAUCAUCUCGGAAAUUGUGAUCCGUCUUGACGAGGCCGAGGCCAACAGUCAUGGUAGGAACUUGCCAGUGAAGCUUCGGACCAGAAUGAUGCAUAAAGAAGUCGAUCGGCUCUACGAAUUCAAAGAGUACCUACACUUUCAGAACAGGUCGUUUAAAAAGCUGCAGAAGCUGAAGGACGAUGUACCAAAGCGCGAACAGAAAGACCCACUGUGGGGUGAUAUGGACGAUGCGGUAGAGGAUCUCGAGCAGUACGAUUCCACACUGGACUCGAUGAAAGAGCGCUUCAACAAUCUCAUCCAGCUGGAAUUCAAUAUAACAAGUGCUGUGCAGUCAGACAACUCGGCAUUCCUCACCAUCAUCGCCACGCUCUUCCUUCCUCUAUCCUACCUGGCAUCGGUCUUCGGCAUAACGACGAUCACAUGGCCACCCAUCUGGUACCUAUACGUAGCAAUACCAGUAGCCAUAGCGUCGGCCGCUUUCACAUUCGUGUUUCCAUGGUCCGUUGGUCAGGUACAGAAGCGCUUGUAUCCCGUCGAAUCACUCCGCAUUCGGCUGCAACCUCGAAACUUCACUAUGCUGGGUGAUGAGCUGCCAGCUAGUGUGGAUGUGCCCGGGAGCAAAGCUGGGAAGGUCAAGGGUAAAGCUCAUCGUCCUUCGGGAGCGGAUGGGAUGAGAGAGAGAAGUCGAAGUCAUCCGCGGGAGAAGCACGAGGACGAGUAG